CGCCUCAGCCGGACUCGCAUGUGAUGCCACAGAGUAGCCUACUGCGGGAAGUCACUCUCCUGACAAUUUCGGAGCAAACAACAGGAGGAAAUCUGUCUCCAUCAAUUCUUUUUAACCAGCGUUCCAUGACCAUGAUGGAUGAAGGAACUUCUUGUGAGAACACUCCAGACCUGAAAGACAUAGAGGCGAAAAUCGGCCGGAAGACCCCCGAGGGUUUGCUCAGGUGGAUGCGGGAAGAGGCAUCCUCGCUCCGGGGAGACGACAAACUGGCCCUCGCCGCGCAGGAAACAACGAAGGAGACUGGGAAGAAGAGCCUGGAUGAAAAGAUCACAAAACUGAGGACCGAGAUGGCACACUUGCGCUCCGUGGACAUUAAGAUCCUACAGCAGCUACUGGCGGUCCACGAAGGCAUCGAAGCAGUCAAGUGGUUGCUGGAGGAGCGCAGCACGCUAACAAGCCGAUGCAGCAGCCUGACCAGCAGCCAGUACAGCCUGGGCGAAGGCCCUGACACUUCCUGGAAAGGUUCCUGGAGCAGCCUUCAUGACCCCAACGACAAGCUGGACAACAUUUCCAUCGGUAGUUACCUGGACACCCUGGCAGACGAUCUGGACGAAUACUGCCCCUCGAGCUCAGAGUCAGCAAUCUGCUCUUCCACGCCACAGGUCUCUGAGGCCACCGCUGGGGGCCGGACAGCAGAAGUUUCCACGGUUUCGGGUAUUGCGACUGGGGAGAAGCCUGGGGCUAAUGCAGGGACUGGAAAUGGAGUUGGGAUAGGAAUUCGGUCCCGAUCGAAUGAGAAUGGAAGUGGAAAAGGGCCCGUUGUUCUCAGCGAUGUCAAUGGGAACGGGAUCGUCGGAAGUGAAAGUGGAAAGCCACUGCUUCCGAGCAACAUUCCUGAAGGUCGGCCCAAUGCCGAUCAAGAUGCUUCAGUUGGUACUAAGGAGGCAGAAGCAGGCCUGGUUUCUUUGAGGAAUACCCAGCGCCAGACCAUCAAACCUAACGGGAACCUAGAGAAGACGACAACACCGACAGGCAGCCACACUCGUAUGGGCCUCAGUGAAAAACUGGGCAUGAAACAGAGCCCUAAACGGAAAGCUUACAAAAAUGCAAAUGUUGACUUGGAUACUUGCAAACUAAAUGGCAAAAUGCAUCUGGAGUAUGAUGCUCACUGGCGGUGGGUGCAGUCACAAGAAGAUGUGACGUUUUUGUGAAGCUACUGACCAGCCAAUCGUUCCUUCGGAUAAUGUCAACAGAUGGCCAUUGGGUUGCUUCCACUGCAAUAAGAUGCUGACGGCAGAGGGGGAAAAAAAAAAAGCAACUCAUUUUUCUAUUUGCACAAAUGACAUUUUGGUGGUGUCAAUACUUGGAUCAAUGCACACUAUAGGAUUUUGAUCAUUUUCAAUCAGUGUUAAGUAACAAUACUACCAAUCUUAAAUCCUUUGCAAAAUUGUUUUCUCAGGCUCCUUCUCAUCAUUCUCCCUUUGAGUUUAUAUUUCUGUUCCAAGCCCAGUGAGAUGACCUCUGAAAUAUCAUUUAUAGAUAUUAAUGUCAUGUUAUCUGGACUGUUGGUCGCGAAACACAGUCCUUAUUCAUACAACUUCAUAUUUAGUGCCACGACAA